UGCAUCACACCUGUCACACACGUGUAAAUCUUUGUGUACAUUCAUAUACACCAUUUAAACUUCAACAUCUAUAGGCCUACGUGUUUAUGUAUCGGGGAAAGUUGGCGACUCUGAUAUCGGUAACUUGGCCACACCAAAGGACUCUUCUACAGCCGAAUUACUGACAGGUGUCUAAAUUAUUCUAACCAGUAGGCGACAACUUUGAGAAGUCACCAUGGCGGACCUCAAGUUGUACUACUUUCCCGCAUCAUUCUACUACUCAGAAGGUGCUGCUGGCGAUGUUCGAGAAAGAAGCAAAUUUCCGAGAGCAAGUUGUUGUAAUCGUCCAAGGCGAACAGAACGAGCCGUGGUACAUGAAGGUAACACCUAAAGGUACAGUCCCCGCAUUAGAAGUCCCUGGGACUGUCCUGACUGACUCGGAGGAUAUCGUCAACUACUUGGAUAAACAACUGGAUACUGGGAUAAAACUGAUACCGAGCGUUGAAACUAGGAUCGGGAAGGAAGUAGAUAAAUGGCGACAAAAGUUUAAAGCCUUGCAAAUAGACGUGAUCACGUUUGGGAUUGUUUUUCACCCGGAGUUGUCUCUGACAGGGAUUAAAGUGCCGUCCGUUUUGAGGAAAGCAAUCAAUUCAGAAUCCAUGCGGAGUAGUCGACAAGCUCUCCAGAAAAAGGCAGUCAAGUACCCAGAACACAGAGAGAAUUUUCUCGCUAAAAUGACCAUGCACGACAAACGGAUGGGUAAAAUAGAAAACAAGGAGGUUGUUAUACAGUACCUGAACGAGCUGGAUACACUGUUUGAUCAGAUAGAAUCGAGGCUGGCUGAAACGCGUAAAGAGCAAGGAGUGACAGACAGCUGGCUUGUCGGACCCCGGUUCACAAUGGCGGAUAUCAAUCUGGUCAUCUUGCUGGACCGACUCAAUUUUCUAGGGAUGGAGGAACGGUACUUCACGCCCUCCAAACGACCUUUGACAUACGACUUUUAUGUACGGAUUGGCAAACGCAAAAGUGUUCAACAACUCCGAGAGAAAUUUCAGAGUGUUUCGAAGAUAAUGCUCGACCGGAUGUUAAAGAAGUCUAUUCCUGCUGUAGUUGGAGUACUAGGAGUAGUAGCUGGUAUAUUCUAUUGGAAAGGCAGGGCAAAGUAAUAGUGAUUGAAGCGUUAGCUGAAAUUUGAUUCUGAAUACCUUCCUAACAAACUGACAAUAAUAUUAUCUCUCGUUUUCUGUUGUAGGUCGGCAAUAUCUCAUAAAAAUUGUAUUUUGAAAUGUUUGGUAUUAGUGAAAUGUAUUAAGCGAGAAUUUGAUUAAAACGUUGUAAUUUCUGGUUGAAAA